UUCCUGAGCAAUUUGCGUCAAGACUUGGGGUUGAAAGAAGGUGCUCCAGGGCUGAACGCACUCUCAAACCCUGCGUCGAUUGCUGACUAACAAGUUACUCCACCUCACCUCCACCUUCAAGAAAGUUGAGAGCAAAGCCCUCGCAAUCUUGACAUGUGACAAAGAGUACACUGAAAGGAUGGCGUUUGAAACCCGACAGCUUCCCCUGCUUGCGUCCACCCCAUCGCCGAAAACCUGUUGCAUGAAGCCGACCUCAGCCCAUGACGUCAGCUUCCGAACUCAACACCAUCCUGAUAGCUGAAGUACAAGUGUGAUUGUAGCCCGCGGAACGUGCUUGGAGCAUCAUGUCGGGCCAACUCACUAAGAAAGAAGCACAAGCCCAGCAAGUGCAGCAACAAUCAGCCUCCCAAGGCGCACGCGAUGUCGAAACACAGGAACACCAUGCGAAGGCCAGCGCUUCGGGCGGCCUGAAUCUCAACAUCUUCGGCGCCCUGUCCGGCGCUUUGUCGAGCAAGAGCAAGAAGACGACACACACCAACGCCGACGGCUCAUCAACAAGCGUCGAAGACCGCCAUGACAAAGCGGCAGCAAACGGCGUCGCCCACGGGCGAGGCCAGGCCUACGCCGCCGCCGACGCAGAAGAAGGCGGAAAGAAGACCAAGUCUCGCGAAGUGGCUCAAGCAGCAUCGCAGGGCAAAGCAGUUUCCGCUAGCAAAAAGGUCGAUCACUUGGGCAUUGAAGGGUGAAUGCAGAGAUCCCAGUUGUGUCCGUAUCGAGACGUGGGAAGUGUUCUGCUGUCAACGACGUCAAUAAAUCCAUGACUCAAUGCAAGCUGUAUUGACCCU